AUGGAGAAACUUUUGGUGGCUUCCUUUCACAUGGACCAAGAAGCUCUGGUGUGGUUCCAGGACGCAGAGGAUGCUGGAAUUUUCUGUAACUGGGAGGGUAUGGUACAAGCCUUGUAUGUCAGAUUUGGAUCAACACCAUAUGAUGAUCCAAUGGAGGCCCUUACCAGGUUGAAACAGACCUCAACAGUAGCUGUUUACAAAGCUGAAUUUGAGGCCUUAUCAAAUCGAAUCAAAGGCUUAUCAUCAACACAAAAGAUGAGUUGCUUCUUAAGUGGUUUGAGAGAUGAAAUUCGUUUGCCUGUGAGAAUGUUAAAUCCACCAUCAUUGAAUGCAGCCUUUGGUUUGGCUAAGAUUCAAGAGGAGUAUUGGAGCAGUUGCAAAAGGAGUUCUAGAAUCCAACAAGAAUCGGGUAAGCCAUCUAUUUUGGGUCCUCCUAGAGUCAACACAUUUUUAGAGGCCAAGUCUAGAAUUCCAAUUAAAAGAAUCUCUCCUGCUCAAAUGGAAGAUAGGAAAAAGAAGGGAUUAUGUUAUAAUUGUGAUGAUAAAUGGAGUCCUGGUCAUAAAUGUAAAAGUGCCAAGAUAUUUCUGCUUGAGGGAAUUGAUUUGGGACUUGAUCCACAGUCGGGUGUCAAGAUUACUGAGUUGGAAGAAGACCUGGGAAGUUCAAUGGUUGAAAAAGAAGACACUAAUAGCAAUCCUGAGGAGGUUCAGAUAACCUUAUAUGCUUUAAUUGGUAACCCCACGCCUGGUACUAUGAGGAUUAGGGGUAAAAUCAAUGGAGUAAGUAUGGUAGUGUUGCUUGACACAGGCAGCACCCAUAACUUCAUUGAUGCAGCCUUAGUCCCUGGACUGAAAUUAGCAGUUGACCAAUCACAGACACUGGAGGUCAAGGUAGCCAAUGGUGCCUUGAUCAGGACUAAGGGAUUUUGUGAUCAAGUACCAGUUUGCUUGCAGGGCAGGGAGUUUUCUAUUCAAUUCCAUGUGUUACCACUUGGAGGAUGUGAUGUGGUGCUAGGAACACAGUGGCUAACUACAUUGGGUGAUAUUCAAUGGAAUUUCCAAUUCUUAACUAUGGGAUUCUGUCAUCAAGGGCACAACAUCAAGCUGCAAGGAUUGAAGCAAACUGAUUCACAUCUCAUUGAUGGUGACCAAUUUCUUAAAACCCCAAUCAAAAAGGGUCUGGUGGUUCAUAUUUCAAACACUUCAUCACUGGAGAAACAGGCUGCAUUACCUGUGGCAGUAACUGAUCUACUGCAAGAUUUUUCUCAUGUUUUUGAUACUCCACUAGGCCUGCCUCCUCUCAGGGGUCAUGAACAUCAUAUCACCCUUAAAGAUGGAGUUCAACCAGUCUGCCAGAGGCCAUACAGGUAUCCUUUUUAUCAAAAGAAUGAGAUAGAAAAAAUAGUUAAGGAAUUGUUGAAUGCUGGAUCUAUAAGGAAUAGUUGCAGUCCCUUUUCAUCUCCUGUUUUGUUGGUGAGGAAGGCAGAUGGUUCUUGGCGUAUGUGCAUUGAUUAUAGACAGCUUAACUUGAAUACCAUUAAGGAUAAGUUUCCAAUACCUGUUAUUGAUGAAUUGCUUGAUGAGCUGAAUGGUGCUUGCAUAUUUUCUAAACUUGACUUAAGGUCGGGAUAUCAUCAGAUUAGGAUGAGUGAGGAAGACAUUCCUAAGACAGCCUUUAGGACUCAUGAGGGGCAUUAUGAAUUUCUGGUUAUGCCCUUUGGACUCACUAAUGCUCCUUCAACAUUCCAGUCCCUAAUGAAUCAAGUGUUUAGACCCUACCUUAGAAGGUUUGUUCUUGUGUUUUUUGAUGACAUUCUGGUGUAUAGCAAGUCCCUGGUUGAACAUGUUUCUCAUCUCAAAACUGUAUUGGAGGUGUUAACUAAGGAGAAGUUAUUUGCAAAGAAAUCCAAGUGUGUCUUUGCUUGUGAAGAGGUGGAGUACUUGGGCCACUUGAUUUCUGGUGAGGGAGUAAGGACAGAUCCUAGGAAAACAAUGGCAAUGCAACAAUGGCCUACUCCAAAGAUGUUAAGGCCUUGA